CGAUGGCUCUGCGCGGCACUGCAGCCCUCGACGUCUCGCGAAGCAGUAGGGGGGGCCCUUCUUAACGACGAUGGAGGCAUGGCACUCAUGAUGCUGUCUCUAGGGUAUCAGUUGGGAGCUUUCACGGCUCCUUCGCUUGUAGUCGUGUCUGGAGGCCGCUGCUGCGAGUCCAGCAGCGGCAGCGACUCCAGCAGCAGAGCUGCCGAUUUGUUGCAGAUGAGGCGGUGGAUUCAUCUCGCAAAGGAAUGGGCCCCGUGUCUGACUCUGAAGCCUCUGUUGUGCGCGGAAGAGGCCCCCUCCGCCAUUCUGCUGCCGCAUCCGGAGGAAGGAACACCGAAUGCAGCAGCAGCAACAGCAGCAGCAGCGGCAGCAGCACCCAGCUACUCUGCUUUGCAUGCGUCUGCCUCUGGCGAGCCGCCUGAGGCAGCUAGGCCGAGGACUGUCGAAACUGGGGGCCCCUUGUUAGGGUCACCUCAGAAGGUCCUGUAUAUUACAACGUUUGGUGCUCUUGGGGGGCAUACCCCCUCAUCGACACUUCGAGAACUCCGCAGGCAACACCCUUCGCUAUCUGUGCUCAUCGUCGACUCGCGCUGUCGUCGCCAGUGCGACCGCCUUCAGCGACAGCAGCAGCAGCAGCAGCAGCAGCAGUACCAGCAGCAGGGAGAGUCUGAUUACAGGGCCUCGCAGUGCUGCAGUGCACUUCAUUCUGAAGCAUCCAUCACAUACGCCUCUAUGGCUGCGGUGGACAUUUAUUGGGGUUCUGGAGAAGUCUAUUCUACCUCCAAUCCUUCAGGAGAGAGACCUCGUGAGAAGACUGCUCCCGCGGCUCGUGGGCGCGUGAAGAAGCUUAUUAUUGCAGACUAUCCCGUAUUUGACAGUUACAUGGCCCUGCGGUUCCUGCUGCCUCAUCUGCUCCCCGUGCACUUCUCCAGUCCUGCAGCAGUAGACCGGCUAGCUCUGCGCAGCGCCUCCUCUGCAUCCGUUGCCAACGAUGCAGCAGCAGCACCACCACCAACAGCAGCAGCCUCUGAAGAAGAUGCACUUACCUUUUCUCGACGCUGCGCCUUUCCUCUGAUUUUACGGAGGUCGCGUGCUUCCGUGUUGAUCCGAGAGCUGCCACCCCCGAAUCGCAUCCUCCAUCGUCUAAGCCUUUCUCCUGCCCAGGAAGCGCAGUACGCAGCAAUAGAGGCCGCAUGCACACAGAGGCUUCUAGCGGCAGCAGGAGCAGCAUCAACUGGAGAGACGGAGGCAGCAGCAGCAGCAAGAGGGCUCCUUGGAUACCCUGGAGAAGACAUCGAGACCAUCACCACCAAGGCAGUAGCAGCCAUGAGACUUACCUGCAUACACCCUGCCCUGGUUGCUUCAUGCAGCGCAGCAAGCUCAAGUGAGGCCUCACGCAGUUGCCAUCACCCACCUGUGGUAGACUACAGCAUCUCACUGAAGUGA